CAGCGAGUGAUAAUUCUCGCAGAUAGCAUUUAACAAUAAGUAAUUGUCGAUAAGUGCUGAGCUCUUCAGCCAAAAUCACAUAUAUUUGCUUUAUAAUGUCAAAUAAUAUAAAAGCUCGGUUCAAUUACUCUGCGGUUCCAAUGUUAUUUGCUUAAAAAUUAUCAAAAUUAAUUAUACUAGCUCGUGUUAAUCCGAACAAAUGCAGUAAUCCCCUACAAAAUCCACAGCUUUGAAAUCCAGCAAUCACAAGGAGGCAUAACAACUUAAUCAUCUGCAGCAGAGCUUCCACAAAUCUCUCGAAGUAAAUGCAUUUCGGCCAAUAUUGAACAACGCCACUUCCACCUUUCGCUGGAUUGGCAUGGCCAAGCCGAAUCGUUAACUAAUUACACUUUAAUUAACGCAAUCAACGAAAAACAAAAGACGUAUGUAAGCAACAACAAAGGCAGGUGGAAAACUAGCGAAGAAAAUAAAAACCAACCUCAAGAUGAAAACCGCUGCUCAAAUGAUUAAAUUCGUUGCAUGAAGGAGAACCAAAGUCGAGACCGAAAGUCAGUCGCAAAAACGGGGAAGUUUAAUAACAUUUUGAAUAAUGAACGCAACCAAAAAAAUCGCUUGAAUGCAGCGCUAAAAAUGCGAAACGAAUGCACCGCAGCAGAAAUCCACAUGCCACACGCGAAAAGCGGAAAUGUCUUUGGAGCGAUGCCGCAUUUUGUUUUCCUUAAACUGCCGCUUUAAAUAAAUAUUGAUACCCUGGAAAAUGGUGUUUGGUGUCGCUUUAAAGCUAAGUUAAACACAAAAAUCUGGGAACAAGACCUUUCGGACACCUUUAAAAUCGAGGGCAGCGACCAGGGCAUUCAAAAGGUGAACCUCAAGUGCGGAGCGGACUCCAUGAACGUGGUGCUGGAGACGGAGAAGCCCUUCACGGGCGUCAUGUACACUCGUGGAAGCUUCUACAAGCAAUCUGCGCCGUGCUUCAUGAAGCCCACUUCCAGCCAGGGAUCCCGCACCAUGGAGAUGAACUUCCAGCUGGACCAGUGCCAAACGAUCCGCGAUGGUGACCUCUACACCAACAUCGUGGUGAUCCAGAACGACCCCGAGUUGAUCACACCCGGAGACUCGGCCUUCUCGCUGGAAUGCGACUUCCGGCAACCUCGCAGCCUGGACGUGGAGGCCAGCAUGCAGGCCAGGGACAGAGUGGCCACUGGCUCCAAAAUCACACUCACAAGUCCUGAUCCCGCGGCACCCACGGAACACCUACACAACUCGGUGGUUAGCAACAGCGACUCGGUCGCAUACAUACCAAAGUUCAGCCGACCAAACAGAACCAUACACCUGGGCUCCGUGGAGGAGGUGACGCUGCCAUCGUCCUCCCAGGCGCGAGAUGAGCUCUAGGAACACCUACACUGCACGAAACGAUACUAAUGUAGAAAACAAGAUACUCAGAGACAUUAGCACAACACUUACAAAACACACCACAGCGUACAGGAAAUUAGCACAAAAUGCGACGCAAGCGCCAAUGGGAGCAAAUUGAUGGCAAUUGUGCGGCAAAUGCACUAACACCACUUCAUGUAUUUUCAUUUAAAUGGUUUUUCAUAUCCUGUG